ACUCAUCUGUCAACUUCUUGUGGUCUAGUUCCCAUUUUUGUGUAAUUAGGAUAGAAACAUCAGGAAAUAAUCAUUUAAAUGAUUACGUUUUAAGUUUUUAAUGAGAAAAAAAUAAAAUAAUAUUAUUCAAUGAACAAAUGUGAAAGAAAAAAUUAAAAAAUUGUAGGACCUUAAAGUUUUUAUUAGAUUUCUUUUAGAAACCAUCAUGAAGAAUGAAAUUUUGGAAAAAGAAGAAGUCAAUGUAUUUAACUUAAUUUUAAAGCUACGCCAGGAAAAAUUGUUAGUGAAAAUUGAGAAAAAUAAUAUUCAAGAAAUUAAUGAACUUAUAAGAAGUAAAACACAUAACAUUAUCAAAUCAGCAUGGAUAACUACAAAACAACGUUUGUUGCUGUACCAGAGGGUAGUAAGUUCAAAAAGUUACCAAAAAGUGGAUUAUUUACUUAACUCAGAACUUGUUGAAGCAAAAAAGGCACUGGGAUUUCAGAAUGCAUUAAAAGUAGGAAAUUUGUUGCACGUUCUGAGAUCACAACCUGUUCAAUUAGCAAAAUGGCUUAUUAUUGGAGAACACAUGGAGGAGUCACAAAAUAUUUCUUUAUUAUUACAAAGCAUUGCAGUUGGUUUGUAUGGAUGUUUUAUUUUUCCUGAGGAUACAAAAUUUAUGCUAACUCUGCUCUAUGAACUAGCUAAACUACAGCUGCUAAGUAGCGAUAACCCUCGAAGGAUAAUUAAACAAAGUACAUGUUCUUUCAAACACCUGUACUUUUUAUUCCACGAGGUUUUCCAGCCAGCAAAAUUCUUUUUAAAUGCUGCCUUGGAAAUGCCUAUAAUAACUUUGAUGUCAUGUACUGACUACUAUUUAGAUGUUGAUCCGGAAAAAACAAUCAUGAGAUACAAUCAAGAUGACAGUGAAAUUGGUAACACUUUUAAAGAUGCAAGUGAAUAUAGGAAAGAAGUUAUUGCUAAACUGGUUCGGUUUACUAAUAUCUUUAUAUCGUCACUUUUAGAAAAUGUGUACAGUUUUCCUAAAUGCAUUUCGUGGAUUGUAUACAACGUUUCUAAAAUUAUAGAAAAAUCUUAUGGCUCGAAAGAGGCAAAUAAUAUCGUUGCAGAGUUGAUAUUCACCUUAUACAUUUGUCCAGUUAUCGUAGAUCCAGAACAGUUUGGGAUAUGUAAUGCUCAAGUAACUGAUAUCGCAAGGCAUAAUUUGAUACAGAUUGGCAAAAUUUUACAGAGUCUUGCGCUAUAUAAGUACGAACCUACUGACUCUAAAUAUGCUGAUCUGUUCGAUUUGCUUGAUAAGAACAGAGUCAACAACUUUUUAGAAUUACUGUUUUUUGAUAUGGAUAACGAAGAACCGCCUAUUGAUUCAUCACCUGUCGUAAUAAGAGAUAUGAUGUUGUUUACUGAACUGGAACUUAAUAAUCUGGUAUCUAUUCUUCAACGAAUUCAAUUGUCUUUGAAACAGAAUGAUAACUUUAUUAAAGAUGACGAAGAAAUCGAAGAACAAUUGUCAUCAUUAAAUUUAUCAAGAGAUAAUUCUCCCAAGUCUUCGAGACUAACAAAUAACGAAGAUAGUGUUCCAAAAAAGCCUAAUUUCUUUUCUUUAGGUGGAAAAAAUCUUAUACCUCGGUCAAUUUCAGAAGAAAUAAAGACUCAAUGUAAUAUAGUUCUUAUGUUCCCAAUGAACCAGGCACAGGCAGAUCCUAUUGGUUUACUGCCAGAAGAAAAGAUAUUAGACAUGAGUAUGCCUGUAAGAAACGGCGAAAUUUUUGACGGUGAUCCGCCGAAGCUAGCUUCGAGCAUGCCGGGUACGCCAAAUCAAAACGGAGAUAUCAAACAAUCAUUUAACUUCCAAGACGAAGGGUCUAUAGGAAACACAUCCGAUAACUUGGAAGCUAUAUCGGAAGCAGCCAGCAAUCACUCUGUUGACAGCAGUAUUGAGUUAGAGAAUGAAGAUCAAAAUGACAACCUGUCCGAUAUGGUGUCUGCUAAUGUUUCUGGCAGAGGCACUCCAAAUAUCUCCGGUCGCGACACCCCCAGCUCCCAAGUAUGUGAAAAUGAUGAUCGUGCCAUGGCCGAAGCAAGACAGGCAGAUACUACCCAGCCGCAACAGAACAUCAGCAGGCAAAUUCGAUCGGAAAUCGACGAUAAGUUCUGCAAAUUUGAAAUUAAGAAGCUGCUGGAAGGCGAUGAGACUAUCUCGAUUAUUUCGGAAACUUGGAGCACCGAUGUUUUGGCUUCAGAUAAUGAAACCAUCGAUGCCGGAGAUUCGAGGAAUGAACGACACAGUUUACAAUUAGUGGAACAGGCAAUACAGGAGGUUCCAUCAGCGAAUAUGUUGGACAUUUCGGAAACACAGAGUGAAAGUGCUUGGUCUACUGAUGUGAUGACUUCAGAUACCGAGCGCUUGACUGAGGUUGAUAACGACGAUACUGUUAGUGUCGCACAGUCUGACGACACUAAUAGUGUUGCUAGAUCUGAUGACACGAGGUCUGAAACUGACGAGAUCGGCGGAAUUCGUAGGCUGUCCAGUUCAUCCAGUUCUUAUGCCAGUAACGUUGCGACAACAGGCAAUCAGAAUUACGUAUCUACUGUGACGGUGUCUAGCUCAACUAAUUAUAUCAGUUCCAAUAACCCCUUUUUGCCUACUAGCAGUGCGAGUAAUACUGUAAACUAUUUACCAAUUUCAACGGCAAACUCUACUACCACAACUAGAAGUGCUACCAAUUACGUUACAGCAACAAAUAUGCAGGAGUAUAAAAAGAUGGAUAUUAAGAAUGAUAGGAUUAAUGGCAAAAUUUACCAUACCGAACACACAGAUAAUAAUGCGAAUACAGUAUUUAAAUCGUUAACGUUGAAUAAUUCAGAACAUUCAUUAACAUUUUCCGAAUCCAAUUCUGAUAUUAAAACCUCCUCCUUUAGCUCGAUGGCCUCGACAGUUACAACAGUUGUUAAUAACGGCGUGCAAAAUUCAUUUUUGAAGGAGUCCGAUUUGAAUAAUGUUGCUGGGCCUAGCGGUUUAAACAAGAAACCUCUUAAUUUAGUCGAAGCCGAAAAUGAGUAUAUAAAACAAAACCGAAACAUAAAAAAGUACGAUGACCGAUCGAACGAAAUUUUGCUUAGCAACUGCAGUUUGAACUCCAGUUCUAGUGGGAGUAGCAGUAACAGUUUCGAUAACAAGAACUCACACACUGAAACGUCUGAACAGUGGGAGAACAAGCAGUGGCUGAAUAGUUCCGGCAGUAGUCUGAAUGUUACUCUAACCCCAUCGGAAAGUACAAGCGAACUUUCCGUUCUUAGCGUUAACAAUAUUUCUAAUCCAGUGAAUAUUAUAAAUAAAAAAUCAGUAACCCUCCUUAAUAAUAGGAUUUUAAAACCCUCGGUAUCAACUGGUGCAAUUCCUAAGAGUAUUAGCUUUGAUAUGAGCGCUGAUAAAGGUCUGGAUGAUGACAGUAGAUCUAAAAGGGGAGGAUUCUUUGGGAAACUGAGAAUUGGCUUUAAAAGCAGAAGUAGAGGGAAGGCGUUUAGAAAUCAAGACGACUUCAAAUUGGAAAGCGAUGAGUUUGGAUUGAACAAAAAAUUGGAAUCUCCAAUGAAAAUUAAUAAUAAUUCAGAGGUGUCAGACGACAUCUUAGCUAAGUAUCGAACAAAGCCAUUUGUCGAAAGCAGUCCGACAAAAGAAAACUGUGAUGUAACAAAAUCUCCUAAAGAAAGAAAUGUAGUUAAUAUUAAUAGUGAAGAAGUAAAUAGUUUUAAUGAUAUUAAGAAUAAAUUGCGUUUAAUUUUAAGUAAUACAUCUGAAAUUCCACAUUAUGUUAAGAAUAAUCCUAUUAGUGCUAAGAACAAAAUAGAGACAGUGUUGAGACUUGAAUUGGGUAAAGCAAGAAAACUAAGAGAAUGGUCUAGCGUUGCUAGGAUUUCAGAAGCAAUACGAUGUGUUAAUUUAUUAAAUGACAGCAGUUGCCUUAAAUUGUUAAAAUCUAUGAGAGAAGAUAUUAUUUUAAGAUCCACUUACAUACAGUAUUUGGUUACCUCUAAACAAGAAUUACUGUUUUGUGAUAGAUACCUUGACAGUUUACAAAAUCAAAUAUCAAAUGAUCGUCAACAGUGUGAAAGGUAUCUGGCUACAGAAUGUGUCAGGGAUUUUCUCUCUGAACAGGAAGCAGUAAUAUUGAAAUUCUGUGAUGAAUUUAAGCAGUUAAGUUUAGCUGAUGAAAAAUGUGAUUUCCUUCUUAACUUCUAUCGAAAAUUAUAUUCUAUUAUGAAUAGUAGCCCAUCAUUUCAGGGCAUUUUUCAUAAUAGGGAAAAAGCAAUUAAGGUGACUCUGGAAAGAUUUAUAAUGAGUAAAGUCUACAAAAAUUCUAUCUAUCCUAACGGAGAUGGUGAUAGGGAUAGAGAUCGUGUUUUGCAUGAGCACAUCGAAAAAUUGUCAAAAAUAAUUACCCCUAAGCAUAAGGAUCUGUUGAUUCAUAAAAUGUAUUUGAGGGAAUGUCCGUGGUUACCUGCACAAGAUGCUUUAAGAGCUUUAAACGCCUACCGAACACCCAGAGAUAAGGUCAAAUGUGUAGUACACUGCGCAAAGUGUAUUAUGGAUCUGUUGUCACUUUCGCAGAAUAGUGGAUCAACAACUGCUGAUGACUUUACACCAGUUCUUGUUUAUGUGAUAAUUAAGGUAAAUCCUGAAGCUUUGUUGUCAACUGUUCAAUACGUUAACAGUUUUUCCCACAAUCAGCUCUUUGGAGAAGAAGAGUACUGGUGGACACAGUUUUGUGCAGCAGUAGAGUACAUUAAAACAAUGGAUUAUUCUGAUUGACAGAUAAUGUUAUAUAAUAAUCUUUAUAUACAUAUUUAACUUGUACCUAUAAAAUAUAAUUUAUGUAUUUUUA